AUGGGUGGCCUUGGUCCGUCUCUGCGCAAGCAGCUCAGCAAGAGCACUAUCCAGGAGACUAUCGCCGCUCUGAGCACUGGUGAGGGAAGCACGCCCCUCUCGGCGUCGGUCAAGUCGAUCUCGUUCAGCUACGUCGCCAGGAACUCGCAGGUGGCCCCUCGCAAGUUCCUCGGCCAGAUCGCGCCCAAGAUUGCGUACAACAACCCCCAGCUGCCGUUUGUCGUCCAGCGUAUCCCGGACCCGCGCGUCAAGUCGCUCGACCCCAACUCGCCCCACAAGGGCGCCGAGUGGAUCGAGGGCAUGCCCACCGCUUCCAUGACCAUUGCGUUCCACGACCGCGCCGAGCACACCAUCCCGCUCAGGGCCAUGUCGUACACGAAGAUCUGGGACGCGCUCAACGCCGUCGCGGGCGAGGGUGCGCCCGGCAUCGAGGCCCCAUCAGCAUAA